CCGGGCCGGGGCGGGCGGCAGGGGGCGCCGUGCUCAGGGUCGGGCCCGUGGUCGCCAUGCGCGGGCUGCUCGGGCUGUGCCAAGCGGUUGGCGGGGGGCGCGCGGGGGCGCUGCUGGCCGGGGCGGCCCGCCGCGCCAUGGCCGGGUUCUGCGCAGAGGAGCGCGGCCGGCCCGGCUCGCAGGACUUCCGCGUCUUCUUCAAGAAUGGAGCUGGUCACUACAUUUCCCCCUUCCAUGACAUCCCUCUCAGGGUCGGCACUGAAAAGGACAGUGGCAUUCCUACCAAGAAAGCACGAAGCAAUGAUGAUGAGAAUUUGCUUCAUAUGGUCGUAGAAGUGCCUCGGUGGACGAAUGCUAAAAUGGAGAUCGCCACGGAGGAGCCUCUGAACCCCAUUAAGCAGGACAUGAAGCACGGCAAGCCACGCUAUGUGGCCAACGUCUUUCCUCACAAGGGUUACAUAUGGAAUUACGGCGCCCUUCCUCAGACCUGGGAAGAUCCUCAUCACAAAGACAAGGACACAGGCUGCUGCGGGGACAAUGACCCUAUUGAUGUUUGCGAAAUUGGCUCAAAGGUUCUUUCCCGCGGAGAGGUUGUCCCCGUGAAGAUCCUUGGUGUCUUGGCUCUCAUUGAUCAAGGUGAAACAGAUUGGAAAUUGAUCGCUAUCAAUGCGAACGAUCCCGAGGCUGACAAGUUUCAUGAUAUUGAUGAUGUCCAGAAGUUCAAGCCGGGGUACCUAGAAGCUACCGUCCAUUGGUUGAGAUUUUAUAAGGUCCCUGAGGGGAAGCCAGAGAACAAGUUUGCUUUCAGUGGAGAGUUCAAAAACAAGGCUUUUGCUCUUGAAGUCAUUAAAUCUGCUCACGAAUGUUGGAAGGUGCUGCUUAUGAAGAAGUGCGAUGGAGGAGCUAUAAAUUGCACAAAUGCCCAGGUGUGCGACAGCCCUUUCCGUUGCACCCAAGAGGAAGCGAGAUCCUUGGUCGAAUCAGUCUCACCAGCUGCACCAAGUAAAGAAAGUAGUGGAGAAGAGCAAGCGUGGCACUUCCUUGGCAAAUGACGGGGACAUUCGAAGCUCAACAUCCAGAUCUCGCUCCCUGAGACUGCUUUUCUCUUCAGCGAUGGAGACCGGCAGGGCCAUGGGCAUUUGCUGACUUGUUGCUCAAACAUUGUUUUCAAGCUUUCGAGAUGGUCAGUAUAUAAAUAAACAUCUGCAUUUCUGAA